AUGGUGAAGAAUCAAGAUGAUUCUCAGUAUAAAACGUCUAAGGAAGAGGAGGAGGAAGUGAUAGAAGAGUUAUUUUUUUUGUCAGAGUCUUUUAGACAACGUAAUGUUUAUUUAAUUAAGAAAAAGCUUGAUAUAUGGAUUGAAGAAGUGGAUGAUACAUCUAAAUUUUCAAUGAUUUUGAAUUGUUUGUUUAAGAGGGGUCAAUUUUGUUAUAACAAAUCAAUUCAGCUCUGUAUACAACAUGUUAUUUUAAAAAUGUAUGAAAAGGAUAAAAAACAGUGUUUAAUAAGGUUUAUUGAAAUGCUUGAUCAAGAGACAACGAAAAUGGUUUCAAAAAGUGUAUCACCAUAUUCUAUUUUUAUUCUUCUUAAGUGGGUAAACAAAUUAAUUAUUAAUAUAUUGGUGAGUAUAACAUUAAUUCAAAAAUAUCUUUCAAGACUUGUAUCGAAUCAAGCUAUUUUGCUUAAUCUGUUUUUAUCAUCGUUAGUUAAAGCUCGUGCUAAAUCAAGUGCUUUACGGUCAGUUGAAGGGACAUUAAGAAGUACAAUUAUUAAAACAUUGAAUGAAAAUGCAUUUUUAUGUUUAAAUAUAUAUAUAGAUGAGCUUAUAAAGGAUACAAAGAAAGAAAUUUGCAUGAAAAACACUAUUUUACUUGGUAUGAUUGCAAAAAUUACAUAUCAUUCGCAAUUCAAUGAAAAAAGUGUUGUUAUGGAAAAAAAGGAUAAGAUCAUAAGUUAUUAUAUAAAUAAUAUUAUUGAAUCACGGGUAUUACUUCCUAAUAGAAUUAUUACUGGAAUGAAUGAUUUUUUUAUUUAUUUUAUUACUUUUGAGGAUUUCAAAUUUAAAAUAGCGUCUCAUCUUGAAAAGGCUUUGUUGAGAACCCCGGAAAUUACUCUUAAUGGAAUUUUAAAAGAAUUUCUUCAAUCAUUACCAUCUACUAUUAAAAUAGAUGAAAUUAUUCAUGAGAAAUUUCUUAUUCCAAUUUUAAAUUCAUUAAAAUCAACGGAUUCUAAUAUUUGUGAAAAUGCUUUACAGACAUUUGAAGGGAUAAUUCAAAAAUGCAAUGAUCAGGAUCAGAUUCAUCAUAUAAUGGAAAAAAUAAUACAAGAAUUAAAUUCAGGACUUCUAUUUUCUCUUGAGCAUAAACUUUUAUUUAUCAAAUCUUUAGCAUGUCUUCCAAAGUCACUUAAACUAUCUAAUUCCGUUCUGUCAUUCUUAUCGACUCAUAUUCAUAAAAAAGCAAAUGAAAACAUAUCUAUUGCAUUAAUUAAAUGUUUUUUUUCUCAUUUCACAUAUAUUAUUAGCACGACUGGCGAGUUUUCUGAUAAAUAUAUAGAGUUGAUUAAGGAAGGAUUUUUAGAAGGCACGGAAAAGAUAAGAAGAACAUGGUUUAGUGAAUUUGGCAAUAUUAUAUGGGAUUGUAGAUAUAAUCCUAAUAAACAAGUGAUAUAUUUGAUCGAAAAGUUACUAAAUUCAUUAUUAAAAAUAUAUAAAGAUAUACUGGCUAAUCCUUUACAAACUAUUCAAAGUGGAACUAUAAUUGAUGGAUAUGUAUGUACAAUAAUUUUUUUUAAUAUUAUCUAUAACUGGAAAGAUAAAAAUAUUGAUGAUGGAUCUAUAAAAUCUUUAUUGGAAAGACAUUUAUUUUCUUUUGAGAAUAAUCCUCAUUUUAUCUUAUGGGAAAAAAAUUAUACUAAAAUCUCUCAUAAAGAUGAAAAAAUAUGGCUUAUACGUUCUCUUGAAACAAUAGGAGAAUAUACUUCAGAAGAACAAUUUGAAAAAAUAGGAUUUUUAUGGGCUCAAGCAUCAUUCUCACUAUUAUUAUCAAAUAUAUCUCAUGAUCACUUAAUUGUUUCUACAAUAUGUGGUAUGAUAAAACGUUGUUAUUUAAAAUCCAGGGAAUUGGUUUUAGAUAUUUUUUUAUCUGAAAUAUGGAAAUAUAUUAAACUAGUAAAGUCUUUCGAAUUUAAAACAUCAAAUAUUUCGACAUAUAAAGAUCUUACAAUACUUGACGCUAUCUUUUUUAUCAUUAAUUCAAUUUCACCUAGUGAUUAUGAAUUUUUGUCACAAAAAGAUAAAGAAAGCUUCGAAAAACAACUAAUAAAGACAAUUGUUUUGUAUCAUCAUUCAUUAUUAAAAAAUAAAUUGAAUUGGGUCAAAUUAUGUAAAAGAAAUAAAAUGGAUCCAUUUGUAUUGGUAACUAGUCAUGCUUUAGAAUUCGUUAAUACUAUUGAUUAUUUUCUUCAAAACAAUAUUGAAAAUAAGAGCAAUUUAACAUUGUUGGCUAUUCAAUCAUCCAUAUCUACUUUAACAUCUUUGGAUCAAGCAGUAAUUGUUCCUUUAUUUGUAGAAGUGUUUUUGAAAUAUCUUUCUCAUUUGGAACUUGAAAGUAUUUCUGAAAAAGACCUUUUUAUAUUAAAGGAUAAAGUAGACAAAAAAAUGGAAGAAAUAAUUUCUGAAACCAAUUCUAUUAACUUAAAAACUAUAAAGAACACACAUAAGGACAAAUUGAAUAAAAACAGGAAUAAAUUAAAUAAGAACAAUGAAAUAUUUUUGAAAAAACAAAUUGAAGAAGAAGCUAUUAGAACCAAAAUUCUAAAUGUGAAGUUGCGGCUUAUUUCCGGACUUACUGUGAUUCAAGGACUUGCAUUAGCUAUUCAAAAAAGCAGAGAUCCAUGGUACUUUUAUGCCGUUAAUGUUUUAUUGUCAGAAAGUCUAUUGGAAAAGGGUUCAUUAAUUGACUAUGAAUCUACAAUUCAAACAUAUUUAAACUGUGCUAAAUGUACACCUUUGAAAGAUAUUAAUACGAUGAUUGGAAUUGCAAUGCUACAUAUACUUAAUGUUGAUUAUAUACAUUCUGAUUUUGUCGAGGAACCUUUGAAUGAAUUAGUAGUGAAGUUGCUACUUCAAUUGGAUACUUUGACAAGACAAUGCCCUAUUGAUAAAAUAUCUUUUAUUUAUAUAUCGCCUUUUUUAAUUCAAGUAAUAAAAAACAAUGGAAUAGGAACUAAUAACUUUAACGAAUCGGAUAAACAAGUGAUGUUAGCUGUUGAUAUACUCUCUUUUCAUAUAGAUUUUUAUAAAUUCUUUAUUUCAAGGCUUGAAAUUAUUCAAGCACUUUUAAAUGUUUUGUGUCAUUUUCCUAAUCAAUUUAAUCAUGCUAAGGAUUGCCUUAUUCUAUUAUCUAAAGUUAUAAAGGAUAAUAUAACAAAAGAGGAAAUAUUGGAGUUUAUAAAAGGUUCUCUUUCUUCUAAUUUUCAAAUUCGUAAUACAGUUCUUCAAGCUAUAGAGUCAUUAGACUUGUCACAAUGCGAUUUUUUUUAUGAGUUAUACCUUGCUGCUCAUGAUAAAAAUGAGAUAAACUCCUCUUUGUCCUUGGCAAUUAUUAAAAAAAACAAUUUUUUGAUAUCUCAUGAUGCAAAGAAUGUUCUUAUAAAUUAUCUAUGUAAUGAUCAAUGCUAUAUUAGAGAAUGUGCUUCUAAAGCAAUUUCUUCAUAUGUUAAAAAUUAUACUCAAAAUGUAGAAGAAGUUGUUUUAAUAUUAGUCGAUCUUUAUGAAGAAAAGUCUAAAUUACAACCAUUAGAAUAUGAUGAGUAUGGAAUUCCUAUUUCAAGGAUAUCAAAUAGACGAGAUCCAUGGGAAAUUAGAAGUGCUAUAGCUUCAUCUUUCUUUUAUUUAAUUCCUUAUUUUACAUUAACUAUAGUUCCUUUCUUUUUAGAGUUCUUAUUAGGAAUGCCUAACAAAUAUGUUCCUUUAAAGGAUAAUUCUUCAGAAGUACGAGAAAAAAUGCUAAAAAAUGGCUUAAGCAUCAUUUCAUAUUAUGGUGAUUUUCAUGUCGAAAAACUCUUUAAAAUUCUUGAUAAUCAUUUAAUAUCUUCAGAUGGGUUUUUACAAAAUGAUCUCAAUGAGGCUGUAAUUAUACUUUAUGCUGCAAUAACAAGUCAUUUAAAGAUGGAUGAUAGAAGAAUUCCUAUAGCAAUUGGAAAACUUAUGAAUAUACUUAAAAGUCCAUCAGAAAAUAUUCAAAUAGCUAUUGCUGAAUCUUUUUCUUCAUUAAUUAAAUUUUCUUUAGAAAAGGUUCCUAAUUACAUAGAAAGAUUGAAAGAAGAAUUAUUUACAUCUGAAAAAUAUGCUGAAAGAAAAGGUGCUGCUUAUGGUUUAGCAGGAGUUAUUAAAGGUGGUGGUAUAGAAUUGCUUGAGGAAUAUGAUAUUAUAGAAACACUUAAAAAUGCAAUUACUAAUAAAAAGGAUCAGAAAUAUAGACAAGGCGCACUUUUUGCAAUUGAAUCGUUUUCACAAAUUCUUGAGCAGGCUUUUGAAUCUUAUAUUAUUGAGAUGAUUCCUUAUUUAUUAACUACUUUUGGAGAUCCUGUUGUAGAUAUCAGAGAGAGUACUUCUGAUACGGCAAAAACAAUUAUGGGUAAAGUUAGUGGACAUGGAAUGAAAUCAAUAUUGCCAUCAUUACUCUUGGGACUAGAGGAAAAUAAUUGGCGUUCUAAAAAAGGCUCAAUUGAUUUUCUUAGUUCUAUGGCGUAUUGUUCACCUUAUCAGUUGUCUUCUUCUUUGCCUAUAAUUAUACCUCGUUUAACUGAAAUGAUUAAUGAUUCCCACUUACAGGUGCGUUCGGCUGCAAAUGAUAGUCUUUUGAAAUUUAGCAAAAUAAUUAAUAAUCCUGAAAUUCAAAAAUUGAUUCCUACCUUAUUGAAGUCAUUAAGCAAUCCAAAUGAAUAUACAGAGCUUUCUCUUGAUUUAUUGCUUGGAUUUUCAUUUAAAAGUUCAAUUGAUUCUACUUUACUUGCUAUGAUUAUGCCAGUUUUAGAACAAGGACUAAAAGAACGAUCUGCAACCUCAAGAAAAAAGGCAGUUAAAAUUAUAGAAAAAAUCUCAUCUUUAAUAGAAACAAGUGAUUUUAUUCCAUAUCUUGAUACUAUACUUAUAAGUUUACGAAAAAUUCUUGUAGAUCCAGUUCCUGCAACUAGGGAAACAUCCGCAAAAGCCUUGGGAACAUUGGUGAAGAAUUUAGGAGGAGCUAAUUUUCCUCAUCUAAUACCUGAUUUAUUAUCAACAUUAAAAAAAGAUAUUAGUUCAAUAGAACGUCAUGGUUCUUCUCAGGGAAUUUCUGAGAUACUUUCAGGUCUCAAUAUUCAAUAUUUAGAAGAUAUAUUGCCUCAAAUUCUUGAAAAUUCUUUAAGUUCUACAUCAUAUAUUAAAGAAGGGUAUAUAUCUUUAUUCAUUUAUCUUCCUCAGGCCUUUGGACCAAGAUUUCAACCAUAUAUAGGAAAAAUUGUAUCACCGAUUCUUUUAGGAUUAGCAGAUGAUUCAGAAUCUGUUCGUGAUGUUUCAUUAUCUGCUGGAAAAGUUAUUAUUGAUAAUUAUUCAACAAAAGCAGUGGAUCUUCUUUUACCUGAAUUACAAAAAGAAAUAUUUAAUGAGAAUUGGAAAAUUAGGCUUGGUUCUGUUCAAUUGAUAAGCAAUCUUCUCUUUCAUAUUACUGGGAUAUCUGGGAAAGUUCAUUUAGAAGAAAAUAUCAAUGCUUCUCAACAUUCCAAGAAUUUUCUUUUGGAUAUUUUGGGUCAGGAAAAGAGAGAUAGUAUUUUGGCUUCUCUUUAUAUUUUAAGGCAAGAUUCUAUUGAACAGGUUCGGUCUUCUGCUUUAAAUAUUUGGAAAGCUUUAGUUAUAAAUACUUCUAAAACAGUGAAAGAAGUCUUGCCAGUUAUAAUUAACAUGAUUAUUCAAUGUCCUAAUACUCUAAAUAAAACACGGGAUUCAAUGUUUAUAAGAACUCUUGGAGAGUUAGUAAAGAAGUUAGAAGAUGUUGUAUCUUCUAUGUUAUUACCACUUCAAGAAAGUAUAACUUGUAGCGGACCUGUUGCAAAAGUUAGACUAUGUAUUGCUUUAAUAGAAAUUAUUCAAAAUUCGAAUAUUGAGUCAUUGGAACCAUAUAAGAAUGGUCUAAUUAAAACUAUACAUCAUUGUCUUAUGGAUAUUAAAGAUGUUAGGGCAACUGCAGCACAAAUGUUUAGCGCUAUGUAUGAACUUUAUGGGAAUGUUGUUAUUAAUCAAAUUUUACCAAACCUUCUUGAUUCACUUUAUUCAAAUAAAAAUUCAAAAAAUGCAUUGGAAGCUUUGAAAGAACUUAUUUAUGUACGUCCUCAAAACAUUUUACCAAUAUUGAUACCAAAAAUUACAAAAGUUCCUCUUUCAGAUGUAAACGCAAAGAUCAUUAAUUCCUUUGCACGGGUUCAUUGUCCUAGCUUUAAGUACUAUUUUUCAGCAAUAAUCAAUGCUUUAGUGGAUACAUUAAUAUUUGACAUUGACGCAGAGAUAGAAAUAGAGGUUAAAAAUGCUAUAGAUAGCGUUUUACUUUCAGUUUAUGAUCCUGAAGGUAUGAAUAUAUUAAUUCCAAUAAUGCUUGGACUAGUAAAGGAUGAAAACUGGAAAAAACAAGUUUUAGCAUGUCAACAUUUGAUUUAUUUUUUUAAAUCUACAAAACAAGAUUAUUCUAGAUAUUUUGAUGAUUUUAUUUAUGCUUUUCUAUCACUUUUUGAUGAUCAAAAUGAUGAAGUAGUAAAAUCAGCAUGGGAGGCACAAAAUGCCUUUACUUCCUCCUUAAAAAAGAUAGAUAUGGAGAAUCUUGUUGGAUCUACACAAAAAGUGCUUAAUAAUAUUGGAAUGGUGGGAACUGAAUUGAAGGCAUUUAAAUUGCCUAACGGAAUUAAUGCUAUUUUGCCUAUAUUUUUACAGGGAAUGAUAUUUGGAAAUGCUGAAAAAAGAGAAUUGGCUGCUAUAGGCAUUUCUGAUAUUAUUGAGCGCGCAAAUUCUGAUAUGCUUAGUCCUUUUGUAGUACAAAUUACAGGACCUCUUAUUAGAACAAUGGGAGAAUGGUAUCCGGUUCAAGUAAAAUUACAUGUUUUACAUACCCUUAAGCUUUUAUUAAGGAAAGUACCAUCGUUUUUGAGGCCUUUUUUACCUCAAUUACAAAGAACUUUUUUAAGAUGUCUUGCUGAUCCUGUUUCUGAUCAAUUGCGAUCAAUGGCUGCCUCUUUAUUGGAAAUUUUGGCUACACUUCAAUCUAGGAUUGACCCAUUAAUUAGUCAACUUGUUAAUGGGUCAAAUAAUGUACACAAUGGUAUUAAAUUGGCUAUGAUCAAGUCACUUUUUAAUAUCAUAUCAAAUCCUACUUUUUCUAUUAACGACUCAUUAAAAAACAUAUUAUAUACAUUAGUUGAAGAUAACAUGUAUAUAAAUGAUCCUCAAAUACUCAGUUAUAUUGGAAGAUUUUCUAUGAUCUUAUUUAAAUAUUUUGAUAAAAAUAAUGCUUUGGUCUUUCUUUGUUCAAGAAUUUUUCUUACAGAGCAUAAUAAUUAUUCCAUUCUUACACUUAAUGCUAUUUUAGUCGAUUGUUCAGAAUAUUUAAUCGAAUUAGAUUGUUGUGCACAAGCAGUGGAUUCAAUUAUUAAUGGCUGUUUGGAUAAUAAACCAUAUAUUGCUAAUAAUUCUUUUUUGGCUGCAGGGAAAUUUUUAUUGGACACUCAUUUUAAUACUAAUCUUAAUUACACUAAAUUAAUCAUAGAAACAUUGGUUAAUUGUAUGAAAAAUCCAAAUAUUGCAUCUGAUUCUAAUCGACUAAUUUUAACCAUCAUUUCUUGCAUUAGUAAAAAAUCUUAUGAUGUUGUAUCUCCUCAUUUUAACCUUAUAGUUCCUAUUGUUUUUCAAAAUGUUCAUCAUAUUUUAACUCCAAUUCAACUUGCUGCUGAAUCUGCUUUCAUUUCUUUAUUCAAAAUCACUUCUUAUGAUCGGUCUUUUCUCAAUAAAUACAUUGCUACUCUUGAUUCUACUCUGGCUAAAUCUAUAGCUGCUUAUCAUAAACGUAUCAUUACAAAAAUUACUUCUACUGAUUUUCAAAAUCAUAUAACUUCAUAUUGCAAUGAUGCUUACAAUGAAAUUAUGGCAAUUGGAUUGUCCUUUACUUGUGAUCUUUACUGA